AUGGCCACCGAAGGUACUAAGAUCAAGGUCAAGAACCCAGUCGUCGAGCUGGACGGUGAUGAGAUGACCCGUAUCAUCUGGCAGGAAAUCAAAGAAAAAGUAAGUUGCCCCUUUUACCUUGACAUUGAUCUCAAGUACUACGACUUGGGUAUUGAGUACCGUGACCAGACCGAUGACAAGGUCACCGUCGACGCUGCUGAGGCCAUCAAGAAGUAUGGUGUUGGUGUCAAGUGUGCUACCAUCACUCCCGAUGAGGCUCGUGUUGAGGAGUUCAAGCUGAAGAAGAUGUGGCUCUCUCCCAACGGUACCAUCAGAAACAUCCUUGGUGGAACCGUGUUCCGUGAACCCAUUGUCAUCGACCGUAUCCCCCGUCUUGUUCCCGGAUGGACCAAGCCCAUCAUCAUUGGCCGUCACGCCUUUGGUGAUCAGUACCGUGCUGCCGACCGUGUCAUCCCUGGCCCCGGCAAGCUCGAGCUGGUCUACACUCCCAAGGGCGGCGAGCCCGAGUCGAUCACCGUCUACGACUUCCCCGGCGGUGGUGUUGCUCAGACUCAGUACAACACUGACGAGUCCAUUCGCGGCUUCGCCCACUCCAGCUUCCAGAUGGCCCUGAUGAAGGGACUUCCUCUGUACAUGAGCACCAAGAAUACCAUCCUCAAGAGAUACGAUGGCCGCUUCAAGGACAUCUUCCAGGAGAUCUAUGAGGCCGACUACCAGAAGGAAUUCGAGGCUAAGGGCAUCUGGUACGAGCACCGUCUCAUCGAUGACAUGGUUGCCCAGAUGAUUAAGAGCGAGGGCGGUUUCGUUAUGGCUCUGAAGAACUAUGACGGUGACGUUCAGUCUGAUAUCGUCGCUCAGGGCUUCGGCUCCCUUGGUCUGAUGACCUCCACUCUCACCACCCCUACCGGUGAGGCCUUUGAGUCCGAGGCUGCCCACGGCACGGUCACCCGUCACUACCGUGAGCACCAGAAGGGCCGUGAGACCUCCACCAACCCUAUUGCCUCGAUCUUUGCCUGGACCCGUGGCCUGAUCCAGCGUGGUAAGCUCGACGAGACCCCCGACGUUGUUGCCUUCGCCGAGGAGCUUGAGCGUGCUUGCAUUGAUGUUGUCAAUGACGGCGUUAUGACCAAGGAUCUGGCCCUGGCCUGCGGCCGCAAGGAUCGUGAGGCUUGGGUUACCACCAAGGAGUACAUGGCUGCUGUUGAGCGCCAACUCAAGUCCAACCUCAAGGCCCGACUCAUGAGGGCUUUUCUGGAAUAG